AUGUCAACUGGCGACCCAGCAGGAUGCGUGCGAUGCAAAGAACCGUUAAUUACGGGACACGCGUACGAACUGGGAGGAGACAGAUGGCACACGCACUGUUUUUCGUGUUAUAAAUGCGAUAAACCGUUGAGCUGCGAUUCUAACUUCUUGGUCUUAGGAACUGGAGCGUUGAUAUGUUUCAGUUGCUCUGAUUCCUGUAAAAACUGUGGGCAGAAGAUCGACGAUCUGGCGAUCAUUUUAGCGACGUCCAACGAAGCGUAUUGUUCGGACUGUUUUAAAUGCUGUAAAUGUGGGGACAAAAUAGAAAAUCUCAGGUAUGCCAAGACGAGACGAGGGUUAUUCUGCAUUAGGUGUCAUGAACGGCUGCUCGAGAGACGGAAGCUGUAUGAAGAGAAAAAACGACGAUUGAAAAAAGAACUGCCAAUGACGCCGAGCGAGGACUCUGUGGUAAGUGCGAGCGUCAUCGAACCUGCAACUAUCAUCGAACCUGCGAUCCCUCGCAGAUCUGCGCAUCGGCCUCUGUCUCCAAGGAAAAGCAUAGAAGUGUUGCCCGCGUCAACGGGUCACGAACUCGAAAAACAAACCCUGUCAUCUAGUUUGGCUUCAUUAGCAGCGCCAUUGGACUUUUCUGCUGCAGUGUCGAAAGGCAUGAGCAGCGAUCCUCAAAGCGAAAGCUCGGUGGGUUACAAAAAAGAAGCUCAAACUGCUUACACUGAGAGCGUGGUUGGGCAAUUCUUGCUGGAUACCGAUUAUAAUUCAACUGGAGACGAGGUUUCUACAGAAAGGGAAGAUUUUAGAGGUCACACAAGUCAAUUAUCUAUCGACGACCUCCUUCGGACGACUUUGGAGAAUGACGAGCAUCUCGAAAACGAAGCGUCUCGUGAGCUCUUGGACAUCCCCAAGUUUGAGACUAAGCAACUUUUAAACAAGACUCCUCUGCGAAACAAGCCCAACGAUUUUAGUCAAAAAUCGCCAAUAACUAACAGACAGGGUUUGGUUCUAAACGAGGCAGACGUCAUGGAGGCGUUAAAUAGUCCGGUUAGGGUAGGAACUCAUGAUGAAAGAGAAGCCGGUCUUGGGAUAACUACCCCAGAAAAAUCUGAAUUUUCUGGAGGUGGGACCACCAUGGGUCUUCCUUAUGAUAGUACCCAACCUGUUACAGCACAAUCAUCGUCUCUUGAUCGGAAUAUUAGCCGCUCGCCUUCUUUAUUUGGUCAUCAUAGAAGAUCUUCCAGUGGUACAAAUAAAAAACUCGGAAGGUCCCUCUCUAUGAGGUCAAAGAGUAUAAUGAUGAACUUACGUCCAAAGUCCAAAGAUACGAAGAACGCUGCUGUAGGCAAAUCCACCGAUUUUGAUACCCAUUCUGGAUGGGGGGUGACUUCAUCGAGCAUCAACACGUCGGGCUCUCAAAGACGAUUUUCUUCAAAGCAUCAAAGUGAUAGUACGGAGUACUCCACUCAUAAGCUGGGCAAAGGGCAGCACGCGAGAAGUGGCAGUGCCAAUGGAAGCGUGUCAGUGUACCGCACCCCCCCUCUCGACACACAUUCGUUUUCUAAUCAAUCCUCACACCAUGAUAGAAGCCUGAGUUUGACUGCGGCGCAAAACUUCGACGAAAAAGAAGAGGAAGACAUUAAAACGCUCACAAAUAGACAGUUUUUUGAAAAAGACAUUACGGAGCUCGAACUUAUUUUACGUCGGCUGAAGGUCGAAAUUAGUGAACUUCAGUCAACCAAAUCGCAGCUGACCACAGAUGUGGAAUCUUUAAGGUCUGUCAAAGAAGGGCUCAGAAGGGAUAUUGGAACGUUUGAGAAGGAGAAAAGCAGUGAUCGUGGCAAGUCAAUUGAGUCGUUAGAACCGGACACAUUUGAUGAAUCGCCGGUACGUCAAGCUGCCACUGCUAAUGUAGGCAAUGCUGCUAAGCCAAGGUUCUGGAAAAUCUUUUCCAGUAAUAAGCAGGGCCUAAAUGGUCCGUCUUUAAGUGUAGGCAGAGUUGAGAUCUCGCAGCCGGUCUUGCAAAAUCCCUCAGACGUUAGUGACCUGAAUUUAGUUCCAAUUGUGAACAAAACCGAGAGUCAAUCUUCAUCGUCAGACAUGUCUCGGAGCGGGCAUGCUCUGCAUGGGUCAAGCCUCACUAGUCGCUGCGCAUUCGAGAACAAUUCUAUGCCAAGUCUAAUUUCUACGUGCAUACAGCAAAUUCAAUCGCGAGAAGAAUAUCUUAAAGCCGAGGGGCUCUACAGAAAGUCUGGGAGCCAAAUUUUGAUCGAGCAGAUUGAGUCAGCUUUCGCACAGGCGUCUCCUAAGGAUCCCCAGCCUGAAUCGCUGAUAAAACUGCUGAAUGAAGAUGUUCAUGCCGUUACGGGGGUUCUGAAACGGUACCUCAGACGUCUACCGAACCCUGUGUUAACGUACGAGGUUUAUGAGCCCUUGAUGAAGUUAGUGCGAGACAAUCAGCUUCUGAGUAACUUAUCGUUGGAUUCCAGAGUCACCAAGCAAAAUAAGCUUUACUCUGAAACGCUGUCAACGUUACGAGAAAUUUUGAAUUUGCUUCCAGCUGAACACCUGUAUUUAUUAAAGCAGCUCGUGGAUCAUCUCAUUAUCGUAUCUGAGUUUAGUGAUUUCAACCUAAUGACGUUGAAUAACCUCUCGUUGGUAUUUGCGCCAGGGCUGAUUAGAGAUGAGACUGGUGUGAAAGACAUAUCAGACAUGAAGGAACGGAAUUACGUGGUUUAUUUCAUUUUAUUCAAGCAUUUUGAUGUGUUUGAAAACUAA